AUAAAUACAUGUUUGUCCUCGCCGGGCUUCCGUAGUCUGCAGCUCCCUCCUUCCCAACUGCAGACUGGAGACUGAGAAUAGGAAUCAAUCAGCGGCAGGACAGGCACGGAGCCGGAGGUUGCCUGUGUGAAGGAUCUGACAGCGCUUCCCUCCACCCAGCCCAUCCUCCUCUCCGUAACAAAAGCCAGCGGUAUGGGAAGUCACACUGGCAUCAGCAGCCCAUGCUGACGGGCACAGUGGCGCUGUGCCUAAACCGUGUGCACCAUGUGACAAUGCAGCAGGACUGAUUUUUGUCUGGUGCAUGGAAGGAAAGUGCAAUUUUUGUUUUAACUUAUUUUUUAAUAAAACGAAGAAUUUUUUAUUUUUUUUAUUUUUAAACACUUUAAACUAUGGCUACAGUGGAAGCCGGAAGCACUAUAACCAGUCGCCUGAAAAAUCUGCUGCGCUCGCCUUCAAUAAAGCUCAGAAGACACAAGCCUGGGGCCAGGAAGGAAGAUAUCGGUAGCAAGGUGACAUUGGAGAAGGUCCUGGGUAUCACUGUGUCGGCUGGAAGAAGUCUCGCCUGUGAUCCAAAGACCGGCCUUGUUGCAUAUCCGGCAGGAUGUGUCGUAGUUUUGUUAAACCCGAGAAAGAACAAACAGCAUCAUAUCCUGAACAGUUCCAGAAAAACGAUCACAGCGCUUGCAUUUUCCCCCGAUGGAAAGUUCUUGGUUACUGGAGAGAGUGGGCACAUGCCUGCCGUGCGAGUUUGGGAUGUGGCAGAACGAACGCAAGUUGCAGAACUUCAAGAACACAAGUAUGGAGUUGCCUGCGUCGCAUUCUCUCCAAGUUCCAAGUACAUAGUGUCAGUCGGAUACCAGCAUGAUAUGAUCGUCAAUGUGUGGUCAUGGAAGAAAAACGUUGUUGUAGCAGCGAAUAAAGUAUCCAGUAAAGUUACAGCGGUUUCCUUCUCGGACGACAGUAGCUACUUUGUCACUGCUGGGAACAGACAUGUAAAGUUCUGGUACUUGGAUGAAGCCAAGUCCUCAAAGGUGAACUCAACUAUUCCUCUGCUUGGGCGCUCUGGCCUUUUGGGGGAGCUCAGGAACAAUUUCUUCACGGAUGUGGCCUGUGGUAAAGGAAAGAAGUCAAGCAGCACGUUCUGCAUCACCUCUUCUGGGCUCCUGUGUGAGUUCAAUGACCGAAGACUUCUAGACAAAUGGGUGGAGCUCAGGACCACCAUGGCAAGCUGCAUCAUUGUCAACCAGGAUUAUAUUUUCUGUGGUUGCGCCGAUGGAACCGUGCGCAUCUUUAACCCAAACAACUUGCACUUUCUUAGCACCAUGCCAAAGCCACAUCGCCUUGGAGUGGACAUUGCCACAGUCACUGAGGCCAGCCGCCUGUUCUCUAAUGCUGCAGAUGCCAAGUACCCAGACACGGUCGGAAUGACCUUUGAUUCCACCAACCAAUGGCUGUCUUGCGUGUACAAUGACCACAGCCUUUACGUAUGGGACAUUAAAGAUCUGAAGAAAGUGGGAAAAGUCUACUCUGCUCUCUACCACUCUUCCUGUGUAUGGAGUGCUGAGGUUUAUCCUGAAAUGAAAGACAGCAACCAGGCCUGCCUACCCCCAAACUCUUUCAUCACCUGCUCUUCGGACAACACGAUCCGACUGUGGAACAUGGAGACGUCAAACAUCCACGGCACGGCCUUACAUCGCAAUAUCCUCAGCAGUGACUUGAUGAAAAUUAUCCUGGUUGAUGGUAACACUCAACCUUUGCUUGACACGGAUUGUAACUGCACCGGAUUGGUGGAUAAAGUAGAUGUUCAAACGUUGGACGCCAAGGUUGGGAUUCGCUCGGUGUGUGUGAGUCCUAAUGGGCAACACUUGGCCUCAGGAGACAGAACCGGCACACUCAGGGUUCACGAACUGCAAUCGUUGACAGAGCUUUUAAAAGUAGAAGCCCAUGAUUCUGAAAUCCUUUGUUUGGAAUAUUCUAAGCCCGAAACUGGAAUGAACCUGUUGGCCUCUGCUAGCCGUGACAGGCUUAUUAAUGUACUAGAUGCAUCGAAAGACUACAGCCUUCAGCAAACAUUGGACGACCACUCUUCAUCCAUCACGGCUGUAAAAUUUGCUGCUAAUGACGGCAAGACGCGAAUGAUCAGCUGUGGAGCAGAUAAAAGUAUUUACUUCCGCACUGCUGAACAGACUGGGGAAGGAUCUGUGCAUUUCACCCGCACGCACCAUAUAGUACGUAAAACUACUUUGUAUGACAUGGAUGUGGAUCCCAGCCUGAAGUAUGCAGCCAUUGGAUGUCUGGAUCGGAAUAUAAGGAUAUUUAACAUCAGCAGCGGCAAGCAGAAAAAGCUGUACAAGGGAUCGCAGAGCGAAGACGGGACUAUCAUUAAAGUACAAACUGACCCAUCCGGCCUCUACAUUGCUACUAGUUGCUCGGACAAGAACUUGUCUGUCUUUGAUUUCUACUCCGGGGAAUGUGUGGCCACCAUGUUCGGACAUUCAGAGAUUGUGACAGGAAUGAAGUUUACCAACGACUGCAAGCAUCUGAUAUCGGUGUCUGGAGACAGCUGUAUUUUCAUCUGGCGUCUCAGCUCAGAAAUGACAAUCAACAUGCGCCAAAGACUGGCUGAAAUGAAGCAACGCGGGAAGGUGGGGGAGAAAUGUACACCCCACAAGACAUCAAAUACAAGACGUGAGACCAUUGCUGUGAUGUGUCCGGCUCCAGUGCUUUCGUCUGAUAGUGAUAAAGAUGGAGGUGAUGAAGGCAGCGAUGAAGAUAUGACUGGUUCGGAUAAGAACAAUGAUCUUGCGAAUUCUUUUGGAAGAAGUGCAUCUUUCUGGGAGAUGAAAAGGGAUAAAGAGACCUCCAUUUCCCAGCGGUCAGACUCUCUUGGUAAAACACCCAGACAACGUGUUCGCUGGUCUCAGCCUACUGGAAACAUUGAGCUCACUGUUAAAUCCAUGCUGGACCUCCGCCAGCUCGAAUCUUUUUCUCCAUGUGAUGACCUUCUUGGACUCCAGGAGGAUCAAGGAGUAAAUUUUGUGGAACCCAAUGCGCAGUCCAACCUGGAUCCAUUUAUUCCCAUUGGCAGCCAUGCCCGUCCAAGGGUUAUCCGGCUCAUGUCAUGUGAAGAGGGGGUUUUCAAACAGGAAUUGGAUACACCGGAUGGCAAGGAGUGUGUUUUCUAUCCAGAGAUUGGAGAGGAGCAGACUCUGGACUCAUGCAGUGAAUUUGAGGUGAAAGGCUUGCCUCAUGGAAGCUACCCUGAUGUCAUGCAAGAGAAGCACAGCCCAGACAGUGCCUGCUCAGUGGAUUACAGCAGCAGCCGACUGUCUAGUCCAGAACAUCCCAAUGAAGAUUCAGAAGGUACGGAGCCCCUAAGUGUAGAUGGGAACUCGUCCGAUCUAGAAGAGCAAGCAGAGGUUGAGGAGCUGGACACCCCCUGCCUGGUUCUAGAUGGUGAUAUCCCUCAGGAAACGUUCCUUAAACAGCACUUUGGAAAUCUUUCGGCAAACAAUGGCCCAGAUGGACCAGUCCUGACGUCGGAGAGGAAUGAAUGUCCCAGCAUCUCAUCAAGGUUUCUUUCAAUGGCUCCGUUACCCGCACCCAGCACUUGCCAUCUGUCUGAUCAAGAGGUCAGCCCAGACAGUACUCAAAUUCCGUUCGAGUAUCCUACAAUCAAUGGCAUGACUACCCGGGUACAAGAGAUCCCCAGCCCCCUCAGACCAGCCUACCAGAGGAAAAGAAAGCAGCCAGCGGAAGUAAAGGCUGGAAAAAUCGGUCCAUUUUUCAACUCUGUUGUAUCAAACAUGCGGAAAACUCAAUCGGUUCAUGAUAUUGUUAAUGAAGUCAAAAUGCGCCCACAGACCCAAACAGCGGCAGAAAAAGAACAGAAGGCUGUACACAGACGUACCCUACCGGCAACUCUAAUGAAAGCAGAAUGUCAGUCAUCACCAUUCCAGUCCAAGGAUGUAAAGCAGCCUAAGGGUAGAUCCUAUAUGAACCCAACGACUAGCUUCAUGGCCAAGAUCUCCCGCAGUGUAUCUGUUGGGGAAAAUUUGAACAUUGGUGAGACACAAGAGACGUCCAUUGGUACAGAGAUUAAAAAUGCUUGUGAACCAGAAGUAGUGUCUGUUCCUGUGGAGUUGGAGAAGAACCCGAUUCCACUGAAGGACAAUGCCAUUGUCAAACCUCUUCUGCAAACCAGUACGAACAGCUCUUCACCAAAGACCUUUCAGUCUAAGAACCGGGCACAUCUGACUCUAGAUAUUGCGAAACCAUUACCAGACCGACCUUUCCUUUCAUUUAAUAGAAGUCGGAGCUCAGUUGAAAUGGAAUCGCCAAGGUCGCCAAGAUCACCUGGCUGUAGCUGGAAGCCUAGACUAUCUUUCACAGACUUGACUUACAAAAAUGACAAUCAAGCUUUAGGCGGAUGUGAGAAAAGUCAGAUGGCGGAUACGCCUGAUAAGGAGUGCCCUGAAGAGACACUUGCAUCAAAGCUGAUCAUAAAUGAACCUGUAGACAGUGUGGACUUAAGUCCUGAAGGAUUCAAGCCUAUUCCUAGAGGGAGAGCGUCUACUAUUGGCCACACUCCUGACCGUCACCCAGGUCUUUGUCCUGUUGAAACUGGUAGAGCUAGAUCUCCCUCACUAGAUGCAGCAUCUACUCUAGACUCAGCACACGCGGUCAGCAUUGAGCAGUGUGAAUUGAUCGCCUCGGAGCUGCAGGAUAGCCUCCGCCGGGCCUUAAGGCUUUAUCGAUCGGUGACAACAUCUGGCCCUGUAGCAAAUAUGGAUCGUGGCAAGAUGGCAGGCCUCCUGUCGGAAACAUUUGGCAUGGUAAAGAGGGAACUGGAUUCCUUAAAAGAUGCUGAUUCCGAGGCUGCAAUGCAUGAAGAUUUGUCUCCACAGCAGGAAGAAAAGCUCGAGUCUCCAGUAUCGGACGGGUCUCAGCAAUUGGGCGACGACAAGACGCUCGCCCUGCUGCAGCAGUACUCAGAACUUUUACUUCAAGCAGUGGAAAAGAGGAUGGAUAAAAAAACAUGAAUCCACCCAUACCGACUGAACAAGUGCGAAAAACACUGCAAGCCAAAAAAAAUUCAACACUAAAAAUAAGAAAAACAUUUUUUACAUUCAGACUGUUUAGUAAUAAAUCCUUUUAAACCUGCUACAGCGGACAUGGUUCUAAGUCAGGGCACCUCCUGCACACUGCAGCACUUCACCUCUUCCGGUGCUGGUUUUGGCCCAGGCCAAAGGUUCUGUUUCUGCUCUUGGUUACUCGCAGGGGCGCAGAACUUUUAUAAUAACGUUACUGAACUUUUUACAGUAUACAGGUGACCUACAUAGUGAAAGGUGGGCUGAAUAUACAUAGUUAUGGCGACCUUGGCCGUAUGUAGGUGACCUGUACACUGCAUCGAAGCCUUGAAUAAGUAUUAUAUUGUGCAUUAUAUAUAUAUAUUUUAAAUUAUUGAUUUAGCUUUAA